AUGGCUUUAGGUGUUAAGGCCUUGCAUAUUUCUUUUGUUGCUCAUUUUCUGGGGAUUGUGGGCGCCGUAUUGGUGUUAAUUUGGUGUAUCAGCUUCAGGGGCGGCUUGGCCUGGGAAGAUACGAACAAGUCUCUCAUAUUUAAUCUUCACCCUGUAUUGAUGCUGAUAGGGUUUAUCAUAAUUGGAGGUCAAGCCAUCAUGAGUUACAAAUCCCUACCACUAAAGAAGCCAGAGAAGAAACUCGUACAUCUUGUGUUGCAUGCUAUUGCUCUUAUACUUGGCAUAAUCGGGAUAUACAUGGCCUUCAAGUUUCAUAAUGAGAGCAACAUUGCCAAUUUGUACAGUCUGCACUCUUGGCUCGGUAUUGGUGUCAUUGUCCUCUAUGGCAUUCAGGUUAUUUGCUCAACUUAUUAA